AUGUCAAAUGAUCAAUCAACAAUCAAUACCUUGAGAGAAUUAAACUCUAGGCUUGCAUCUGAGAUUACUGAACUUGGAAAAGAAAAUGUUAAUAUUAAGGCUGAAAAUAUAAAAUUAAAACAAGCUAUAGAAGAAAAUGCAAUGCUCAAGAUUAGAUUUGAAGAACUAGAAAAGAAAAAUAAAAAACAGAUAACCACUUC